GGUUGCCCAAUGGCAUUCCCGCCCCCAUAUUAAAACCCGUUGCUAAACCCUAGCUCCCAUUUGACCCUAAACGGCUAAACCCCUCCUCCGCCAUUAUUGCUUGCUGCAGCCAUCCUGAAUCAGCAAAAUUCCUGCGGGAGAUGGACGCCGAAGACGUUAAAACCAAUCUUGUUCUGAUUUUGGAUUUCGGUUCGCAGUACACCCAUCUAAUUACUCGAAGAAUCCGCGCCCUCAACGUUUUCUCUCUGUGCAUCAACGGCACUUCUUCCUUAAAAUCGAUUUCCGACCUCAGCCCGCGGGUGAUAAUUCUGUCCGGCGGCCCUCACAGCGUCCACGCGCCGAACGCGCCGUGCUUCCCGCCGGGGUUCAUUGAGUACGUGGAGACCAACAAGAUUCACGUCCUGGGCAUAUGCUACGGGUUGCAGUUGAUUGUGCAGCAAUUGGGUGGGGAGGUGAGGGUUGGGGAGAAGCAGGAGUAUGGAAGGAUGGAGAUUGAAGUGGUGAAGGCGGUUGGACUGUUCGGGAACAAGAAAGUCGGGGAUGGGCAGAGCGUGUGGAUGAGCCAUGGCGAUGAGGCGGUGAGGUUGCCGGAGGGUUUUGAAGUGGUGGCGAGGAGCAGACAGGGCGGCGUUGCUGCGGUGGAGAAUCUUGGGAGGAGGUUUUAUGGCUUGCAGUAUCAUCCUGAGGUAACGCACUCUCCAGAAGGAAUGGAGACUCUGAAAUAUUUUCUAUUUGACCUAUGUGGAAUUUCUGCUGGCUGGACGAUGGAAGAUGUUCUGGAGGAAGAAUUAAAGGUUAUUAAAAGCACUGUGAAACCUGAAGAUCAUGUCAUAUGUGCACUGUCCGGAGGUGUGGACUCAACAGUUGCCGCUACACUUGUGCACAAGGCAAUUGGAGACAGGCUUCAUUGUGUUUUUGUUGACAAUGGAUUGUUAAGGUGGAAGGAGAAGGAGAGGGUGAUGGAAACAUUCAAGAAGGAUCUUCAUUUACCUGUUACUUGUGUCGAUGCUUCAGAGCAAUUUCUCAGCAAGCUCAAGGGCGUAACAGAGCCUGAAAAGAAGAGGAAAAUCAUUGGAAGUGAAUUCAUCAGUAUAUUCGAUGCUUUUGCCCAUGAUUUAGAAAAAGAAUUGGGGAAGAAACCUACGUUCUUGGUUCAAGGAACCUUAUACCCCGACGUGAUUGAAUCUUGCCCUCCCCCGGGAAGUGGAAGGACUCACUCUCACACCAUCAAAAGCCAUCAUAAUGUUGGAGGACUCCCUAAGGACAUGAAAUUGAAGCUUAUUGAACCACUUAAGCUUUUAUUUAAGGAUGAGGUACGUGAACUAGGAAAGAUUAUGGGUGUUCCACAGGGGUUCUUGAAGCGCCAUCCGUUCCCGGGGCCUGGCCUCGCAGUACGCAUUCCUGGGGAUGUAACCUUAGGGAAUCGGUUGGAAAUUCUUCGCAAGGCAGAUGAAAUUUUCAUUGAAUCUAUCAAACAAGCUGGCAUUUACGACUCUAUAUGGCAAGCAUUUGCGGUUUUCAUGCCAGUGCUAACUGUUGGAGUUCAAGGCGACCAAAGAACUCACAGCUAUGCCAUCACUCUUAGGGCUGUCACGAGUCAAGAUGGGAUGACUGCUGAUUGGUAUUACUUCGAUCACAAGUUUCUUGCUGAUCUGUCGACAAGGAUUUGCAAUGAAGUUCCCGGUGUAAACCGAGUCCUUCUGGACAUUACUUCAAAGCCACCUUCCACUAUUGAAUGGGAAUAGAUCUUAGAUAUAAGGCAUUAAAUUGUGCAAAGAUCAUAUUUUUCUUCACUUUUUGCAACUCCUGUUCAUGCAUUUACCAAAUACACCUAUUUAUUUGCCUGUGCUGCAAAAUCUGCUGUCAUUUUGUUAAAUGAUUAACACUCGGUUGAUCGUA